CAGGGUCGUGAGGGAGUGGUCGCCAUGCUGCGGGAGUUGCGGCGGCGCUGGCGCUCGUACAAGUACCGCUUCGUGCCCUGGCUCGCCCUCAACCUCCGCCGCCAGCGCAGGACCCUUCGAUAUGUUCCUGAAAGCUCUCAAGACAAAAUUAUUGCUGAUGAAGACGUCUUUGAAACACUACUGAGAACAUUUAAAGCUCUGUUCAUAAAUGACUUAAGUAGACAAGCAGAUAUUCUGGCCUUACUUCCAGAAGUCAAGUGUCAAUAUCUAGAAUUACUUUCUGUGGAGCAGAAGCGGUCAGAAGUAAAGUUUUGUAACCAUCAGGGUCAGCACGCAUUCAGUCCUGAGGAGGUUUUGUUCAACACGCUUGGGUUCACUGUUAGCAGAGACCGGAGUUCGCUGGUGUCUGCUGGAACUGGAGUCUUUGUUACCAGAGGUUUUGUUCCGAAAGGGACGGUUGUGUCUAUGUAUCCUGGUACAGUAUACAGAAAGCAUGAGCCCAUCUUUUUCCAGUCCCUUGGCAAUCCCUUUAUUUUUAGGUGCAUUGAUGGUGUCCUUAUUGAUGGGAACGAUAAGGGACUGUCAAGAUCAGUGUACAGGUCUUGCAGCAGAAGAGAUCAGCUUGGCCCUUUUCAAAUGAGUGAUGAGAGCUGGCUCACAGCCACCCUGCAAAACCCACUGGCAGUGGGACAGUACGUCAACAACUGCUCACAUGAAAAAGCAGCAAACGUGUGUUAUCAAGAGUUUGACGUGCCAGGACAUUUUCCAGUAGAACUGAAACAGUAUCUUCCAAACAUCGUCUACAGCCAUGACAUGGAGAGCCACUUGAGGUGUGUAGUUCUUGUCACUCUCAGAGACAUCAAGCAAGGAGAAGAACUUUUUUCAAAUUACUACACUGUUGUCAGCUGAAUUAAUAGAUUCAAAACUGAAGAAAUCUCUGUCAAUAAAAUAUGUAUGGUGCCUGUACUUCAAGUUUCAUCAUCAUUUUUAUGUAAGGGAGAACUGUCGUUUUACCAUUCAGAGAGCAAAACUGUAGAAAUUCAGCAAAACAGUUUCUCUGAAAAUAGUCCACAUUUGAUG